GUGGGUGUUCGUGUGGGAGAAGGGCUACCAGGAGCGGGACUCCGUGGUCAGCUCCGUCACAACCAAGGCCAAAGGCGUGGCCGUGACCAACACUUCUCAGCUCGGGUUCCGGAUCUGGGACGUGGCCGACUACGUGAUCCCUGCGCAGGAGGAAAACUCGAUCUUCGUCAUGACCAACAUGAUCAUCACCGUGAACCAGACCCAGGGCACCUGUCCCGAGAUUCCCGACCAGACCACCGGGUGUGAAUCGGACGCCAAUUGCACGGCGGGCUCCGCGGGCACCCACAGCAACGGGGUCCAGACUGGGAGAUGCGUGCCAUUCAACGCAUCGGUGAAGACCUGCGAGGUGGCGUCCUGGUGCCCCGUGGAGGAUGAUUCUCGCGUGCCAAGACCUGCCUUUUUGAAGGCUGCAGAAAACUUCACGCUUUUGGUUAAGAAUAACAUCUGGUAUCCGAAGUUCAACUUCAGCAAGAGGAACAUCCUGCCCAACAUCUCCACCGCCUACCUCAAGUCCUGCGUGUACGACGCUCGCACGGACCCCUUCUGCCCCAUCUUCCGUCUGGGCCACGUCGUGGAGAGCGCGGGCCACAGCUUCCAGGACAUGGCCAUGGAGGGCGGCAUCAUGGGCAUCCAGGUGAACUGGGACUGCAACCUGGACCGGGCCGCCGCCCUCUGCCUGCCCCGCUACUCCUUCCGGCGCCUGGACACGCGGGACGCUGACCACAACGUGUCCCCAGGCUACAACUUCAGGUUCGCCAAGUACUACAGGGACCUUGCCGGCCAGGAGCAGCGCACGCUCAUCAAGGCCUACGGCAUCCGCUUCGACGUCAUCGUGUUCGGAAAGGCUGGGAAAUUUGACGUCAUCCCCACCAUGAUCAACGUGGGCUCAGGGCUGGCGCUGCUGGGCGUGGCGACCGUGCUGUGCGACGUCAUCGUCCUCUACUGCAUGAAGAAGAGAUACUACUACCGGGAGAAGAAGUACAAGUUCGUGGAAGACUACGAGCAGGGUCUUGCUGGGGACGCAGAGCAGUGACGCCUGCCCACGCCAGGCUCCCACGGCCUCACGGACACGCAGGAAAGCAAGGCGAGACGGCUGCUGUGUCACCCAGGAAUGUCCCGGGUUGGGCUCAGUCUCCACAAGGACUCAAGGUGGCCCAGCAGCUGCCGCGUUCUGCGCAGAGGCCCAUUUCCCCCAGCGCAGGGUCACGUUGUCGUCAGCUGGGCCGCCUCUCCAGGACGUCUCCGGCAGAGGCCGGCCCCGGGCAGCAGCGACACUGCUGCAGCUCAUGGGGCUGCCUCUCCUCAGGAAGCUCAGGCUGCGCCCUCAGGACAGGUCCAGGCUUCUGACGCACAGCAACCCAGUUCAAGCACCUUGUAAGGAAAGGGAACCCAAGUGUGGUGGUGCACAGCCCUCAGGAGGCUGAGGCAGGAGGCUUUCCGACAGUUCAAGGCCAAAGUAGCGAGACCUUGUCUCAGAAAACUAUAGAGGACAGGAAAGGAGAGCCUCCUGGGUGUAGCAGAUGUGUAGCAGGCCCAGCUGCUGUUCCUUCCCACCCCAACCAGGGGCACGGCCCUCCCCAUCCGGAGGCGGGACUAGCAUUUCUCUCUUGAGGGCAGCUAUGUUGAGAUUACUGAGGACCAAACAGUAAAACAGACGAUUUUUCUUAUCCCUCA